AUGAACGUGAACGGAAAAAGGGUCCACCAGGUUGGUUUUUUUCUAAAUUACGGUCUUAAAAAAAUUGGAUAAUUGAUAGAAAAAAGUGGAGAAAAUUUGAAUUUUAUCCUCGAAGAAUGGUUUUGAAAUCAUUAGCUUCAAAAAAACCCUUAAUUUUCCAAAAAAAAAUUUUUUUGGUAUACAACACUAUUUUUCCAAGUUCUAACGAUUACCAGAAUGGAAAAUUUCGAGCCUAGUUUCUUUUUUUUAAACAUCUGACCUGUGAAAAAUUUUUAAAAAGGUCAUUUGACCUCUUGAAAAUCCUUAAAAAGGCUCUCCAAUUCUACAAAUCGCUUUAUUUCCUUCUAGAAAAAUUUCAUAGAACUUUUGCAUUUUUGAAAAACCCGGCUCAUCUUAUUCUCAAUCUUUUUUCUUUGGAUUCUAAAAAAUAUUACUCGGAACUUCUUUAUCACUAAGAAACAUGAAAAGAAGUCUUUUUUGAAUAAAUUACGAAAAUUCUCAGGUGAACCACGGAUUCGACAUCCUCCGAACGAGGCUCCGGCCUCACGCCGCCAAUAAAAAGCUGAGCAAGGCCGACACCUUGAGAGAAGCUGUCAAGUACAUUGCUCAUCUACAGUCGCUUCUUGGCGCCGAGCAGUACAAUGCUUCAGGUGAGAAUAUUUGAUUUUUUAUUGUAAAAAUUGAGAUUUCUAGUGGAAUCCAAGUCAUUAUAUAGUUUAUAGAUCUUAGGAUUUUUCCUAAAACUGAUAAAGCUUUUUAAUAAAGACCCUAAGAGCUUAAAAAUUUUUUUCGGGUCCCCAAGCUCUUUCUGAAAAAAAUUAGGCUUACUAAUAGAAUUUUUUUCGCCAUUUCCAUGGUCUGUAUAUUUUGUUACUUUCCGUAAGUGGAUGUGAUGCUUGAGACAAGCUAAAACGUUUUAUCCAUAGAGCAACCUUACUGUUUAUUUUAUUUUCAAGAAAGUUCAAAAUUUUUUCAAUAAGCCCUUCUCAAAACUUUUUUGAAAUUUCGAAAGACCAUUGUACUUUUGCUAGAAGCUUUAUCAUAAUUCCCUCUGAAUCCUCAUUUUUUCACAGCUCAAACUCAUGACUCCCCCAAAAUCUCCCAAAUUCCAGUGUUCCCCACGACGUGCUCCACCUCCAACCAAAUGUUCUUCCCGAACAUGCCGCCGGCCGACGAUUUCGACAUGUACUUCCCCCAAGGAGCUCCAGCUCCGAACACCUCCCAGCAACAGUCGCCAGCUCAAGGCGGCUACCUUCCCUACACGGCCAACGUCUCUCCGACCACCUCCACCUCCUGCGGCUCCUACUCGCCGCCCCAGCAGCCCUAUAUGAUGUACCAUAGUCAAGGUGAUUUUUCUUUAUUCAUAAUAGUUCAUUAACUUGAAAAAAUCAGUCAGUAGGAGCCAAAUCGCCCUAAUAAAAAAUGAUUAGUAGUUUUUUAAAAAUAGUGGUCAUUCGAAAAAUUUUUUAACAUUGAAGUUUCUUUUAAAUGAUUCGAUUUACAAGCUGAGAACUAAAUUUUUAAAAGUCCAUCAAAAAUUGAGAAAUCUACGAUACCACAAGCUUUAUUUUAUUUAUGAUCAAGUUUGCUCUAUUGAUAAUUUUUCUAACUUUGUGAAAAAUAGCGCUUGAACUGUGCUUUACUGAUAUACCUUUCUUUAAACUCGAAAAUCCAAAGUUUGAUUGUAGAAAAAUUUUAAAAAUCGAUGGCUCAAAAAACGUGAGUAAGUUCGCUCCAUCGCUAAUCUCUCUUUGAACCUGAAAAGUGUAUACCCUAGAAGCUCUGCUUAAAUUUCUUGUAGCGCAUUUUUGAAGAAAGCCGUGAAAAAAAAGUUUAAAAGAAUUGAGUCUGCCAUUUUUCAAAGUCAAAUGUGCUCCAAUGAGAAAAAAAAAUUUUCUAACUAUUUUUUAUUUUCAGGAAUGCGUCAUUCACCAUGA